GCCCAGCAGCACCAGCACCACCCGUCCUCCGUGCUUGCCUGCCUCUCACGACGUCGUUCGUUGGUGUCGCUCCGUCCAUCCGAAACAUGAGCUUUGCCACCACCGCGCUCCGCGCUGUCGGGCGCGGCGUGAUCGUCUCACAGGCCCGCUGCAUGUCGGUGCAGUUCAAGGCCCCCGUGCGCGACAUCCAGUUUGUCAUCGAUGAGGUGCUUGAAGGUGAUCGCCAUUACGUCAAGGCCGGUUACGAGGAGUGCAAUGAGGAACUCCGCGCCUCUGUCGUCGAGGAGUGUGCCAAGUUUGCUGAGGAUGUCCUGUCACCACUCAACAAGGUUGGUGAUGAGGAGGGCGCCAAGCACGAUCCGAAGACCAAGGACGUGAAGACGCCAACCGGCUGGAAGGAGGCCUACGAGUCAUACGCUGCCCUUGGCUGGCAGGGCCUGAGCGUGCCCGAGGCGUACGGUGGCCAGGGCCUGCCUACCUCCCUCAACAUGGUCAAGGCCGAGCUGUUUGCCACCGCAAACUGGACCUGGGGCAUGUUCCCUGGCCUGAGCAUCGGCUGCAUGAACACCCUCAUCCUUUGCGGCUCCGAGGAGCAGAAGCAGAAGUACUUGCCUAAGCUUGCUGAUGGCACCUGGCUCGGUACCAUGUGCCUCACAGAGCCCCAGUGCGGUACCGAUCUUGGCCAGGUGAAGACAAAGGCUGUGAAGCAGGGCGAUGGCUCGUACAAGCUCACCGGCACCAAGAUCUUCAUUUCGUGCGGCGAGCACGACUUUACUGAGAACAUUGUGCACAUUGUGCUUGCACGCACGGAGAACUCCCCUGCGGGCACCAAGGGCCUGUCCCUCUUCCUCGUCCCCAAGUACCUUGAGAACUCGGACGGGUCGCUGAGCAAGGAGAAGAACGUGACGUGUGGCAGCAUCGAGUCCAAGAUGGGCAUCCACGGCUCCCCAACUUGCGUCAUGCACUUUGAGGACACCGUCGGUUAUCUGAUUGGCCAGGAGUUUAAGGGGCUUGAGCAGAUGUUCGUCUUCAUGAACACCGCCCGCAUCGGCACUGCUCUCCAGGGCCUCGGUGCUGCUGAGCUUGCCUUCCAGGGCGGCCUGACUUAUGCCCGCGACCGCGGCUCCAUGCGCGCCCUCUCCGGAACGAAGGCCCCAGAGAAGGUUGCCGACCCGAUUAUCCACCACGGCGACGUGCGCCGCAUGCUCCUCACCUGCAAGGCCGUCGCCGAAGGUGCGCGCUGCAUGAUGUACGACGUGUCCAUGAUGAGCGACUACAUGCUCAAGGCCCGCACCGAGGCCGAGCGCAAGGCCAUUGACGAGGAGAUGGGCUUCCUUACGCCCAUCCUGAAGGGCUGCAUCACGGAGCUUGGGCUCGAGGCCGCAAACCUCGGCGUCCAGUGCUAUGGCGGGCACGGCUACAUCAAGGAGUGGGGCAUGGAACAGAACGUGCGCGAUGCGCGCAUCGGCACGCUGUACGAGGGCACCACCGGCAUCCAGGCCCUCGAUCUCCUCGGCCGCAAGAUCUUCAUCCAGCAGAAGGGCCGUUCGUUUGGCCAGUUUGCCAAGCGGGUGUUCGCCUACACCAAGAAGCAGCUGAUUGACGACCGCAAGACAUCGCAGCACAAGUGGGAGGCCCUCUCCGUCACACGGCACAUGCUCCAGUGGUUCUACCUGACGGGCCGCAUUGGCUUCAACGCUCAGGCGAACAAGGAUCGCGAGGUCAUCAGCACGUCCUCUGUGGACUUUCUGAUGUACAGCGGGUACGUGACGAUGAGCUACUACUGGCUGCGCAUGAUGGACACGGCUGCCGCAAAGCUGAAGGACUCCUCCCUUGCACAGAGCGAGCGCGACUUCUACGAGGCAAAGAUUGCGACGGGCAAGUUCUACUUUGAGCGCAUGCUUCCGCGUGCCAAGUCCCACUACGCGCUCGCUCUCAACUCGUCCAAGGUUACCAUGGAUGACCGUGCUCUUGGUGGCCUCCCCUUCUGA